AAAAAGUGUUUGUUUUGUUUGUCAGCUUUGUUUUUUUCUGAAGCUUCUUAAAGGCGAUUAAGGGUUCGAAUUGAAUUAAAUUUUAUCAUUGUGUGUUUUAAAUCAGUGAAACUGCCAACUACAAUGGCUGAUUAUGAAAAAUCGGACAACAAAUUUAUCUCCUUCUCAUCCAACAAUUUGACAUCCUACAAAAGUGAACAUGAGCCUAGAGUAUAUGAAGAGGGCUAUAUGAAUCUUUAUAAAUUCAUCGAUUCUUCAUUGGAUGCUUAUAAAUAUGAACUGUAUACAUUAAAUUAUCCUGUUUUUGUUCAUAUGUACUUAGAACUUGUUUAUAACAAUCAUGAAGAUGCUGCCAAGAAAUUUAUGGAAAAGUUUGGUCCUCAUCAAGAAGAUUUCUACCAAGAGGAUAUAAAAAAGCUUGCCAUCAUUACAAAACCAAGUCAAAUGAAAGAAAGUGAAAUUAUUGAUAAUUUCAAUAAUGGACAGUCAAGAUUUACCAUAAGAUUGUCAAAAGAUACUUUCUAUUACCUCAAACGUUACCUUCAAGAUUCUAGCAAAUCUACGUCAAUUAUCCAGAAUGUAAUCCAGGAACAUUUAUCUCUCGAUUUCUACGAAGGUUUAACUCGAAAUAAGCAACAAGUCGAAGCAUCGCUUGGUGGAAUGAUGGGUGAAGCUCCGAGAGAUGCUAACAAAGUGAAGGUAUAUGUAGGUUUAUUAAAAGAACCUGAUAUAAAUUUAUCGAUAUUGGAUGAUGAUGGUGAUGAUGCUGCUGUUGAUCCUUCUGGAGAAGGAGGAGAAAAGCCCAAGAAAAAAAAAUCAAAGAGAGAUACAUUACUUUCUAAAAGAGCAAGGAAUGAUCCAAAUGCUCCACCAAUCACAAGAAUUCCUCUACCUGAACUACGAGAUGCUGAAAAAAUGGAUAAAAUUCAUAGAAUGAGAGAAGCUUCAAAGAGAUUGAAAUUGAGCAGUGAAACCCUUCCAUCUAUUUGUUUUUACACUUUACUCAAUGCAAAUGUAAAUAAUAACAUUGCUGUGCUAUGCAUUGAGAUCUCAGAAGACUCUGCUCUUCUUAGCGCGGGUCUUUCGGAUUCAACAAUUAAAGUAUGGUCAUUAACUCCUAAUAAGCUGAAAACUAUGAAAUCAGCUCAAGAGCUCGAACUUAUCGAUAGGGAAGCUGAUGAUGUUUUAGUUCGCAUGAUGAACGAAAAAUCUGCAACUGAUCUCAAAGUUCUACAUGGUCAUAGUGGUCCUGUAUACUCUUUAUCUUUUAGUCCAGAUAGAAAUCUUUUAUUAUCUUGUUCAGAAGAUUCAACAAUCAGACUAUGGAGCCUUCAAACCUGGACCAAUAUAUGUUGUUAUAAAGGACAUUGCUUUCCAGUCUGGGAUGUUGUUUUCAGUCCUCAUGGGUACUAUUUCGCUACUUGUGGCCACGAUCGCACAGCUCGUCUUUGGGCUACAGACUCUCAUCAGCCACUAAGGUUUUUUGUUGGUCAUUUUUCCGAUGUUGAUUGCAUUCAAUUCCACCCCAAUUCGAAUUACGUUGCCUCAGGAUCAACAGAUAGGACUAUCAGAGUAUGGGAUGUUUUGACUGGUCAAUGUGUUCGCUAUUUUACUGGCCAUAAAGCUAAAAUCUAUACAUUGUUAUUUACAACCUGUGGUCGGUAUUUAAUUUCAGCCGGUGAAGAUAAAAAGAUUCUUGUGUGGGAUCUGUCUCAUGGCUAUCUGAUUGCCUGUCUGAGUGGGCAUACCGAGACGAUUUACACACUUGCAAUCAGUCGUGAUGGUGUUAUGCUAGCUUCGGGUGGAGCCGAUGAUUGCAUCAUGCUUUGGGAUUUAGCUAAGCUCCUUGAUGAAGCUGAUUCAGAAGAUAUGAAUAUGUCUCAAACUCCAACUGUCAGAACCAACACGGACAAAAUUCUGUUGAAAACAUUCAAGACCAAAGCCACUAAUGUCAUCAGCAUUCAUUUUACCAGAAGGAAUUUGGCACUAGCUGCUGGAGUUUUACAUUAGGCAUUUUCUUUACCAAAACUUUAGCUUAAAAUAUCAAAUUUCCAUCUUCAUCCACUUUUCCCGCUAAAAUCUAAUUUUAUUAGAUUUUGUUAUUUCUGCCAUUAUAUUCAUAAGUUCAUGAAAAACGCAAUUCCCUCUAAAAAUGUGCAAAAUUCUCGUGGCAUUGAUAAAUUUUCUUAUAUUUAAAUAUACAAAAAGAUUUACUUGAUACUAUUUUGUACUAAUUAAAUGUAAAAAUUCAAAAACUUAUAAAA